AUCCACAGAGUACAUAACUAGUGUCUAAACAUUUCUAUCACACAUUGUUAACACUAUCUGUGAGCAAUGUUUCCGAGCAAGACCAGGCAGUGGUGGCGCCGGUGGACAGAAAAAUCCUUGAGCAUACAACAGAGAGGCAGCCAACCCUCCACCGGCAUAUCCUAUCCUUAGAAUCCAAGGGCACGGCAGGGAACAAGCCAAAACGACCGGGCAGCAAAUGGAAGCAUUUCUUGCAUCCAAAGCUACACGCUAUAUGCCCUCUUCUCCCUCUUGCCAAGAUCUCCUAUAGCUAGAUCCCUUUGAUGGCAUAUAUAUAGCCCUUGCUGUGGCCUAGACCCAUUCCUUCCUCCCCUCCGAUCCCCACUCCGCCGUCGCCAUUGCCGUGUGACGGCUCGGGGACAAAUGCUGUGUGUUGUUUAGAUCUCUUGGAGAGGUUCUUUGGGGGUGCACAUGAACCUGACGUUGAGCCUGGGCAUCAGUGGCGGCACGGCCAAGAAACGCAAGGUGCGGGACGGCGUUGUUGAUGAUGUCGGCGAUGGCGGAGAUCGCGGCAGGGUCAUGAGGCUUCUCCAGGCGAGGGAACGGAUGAUGGCCAGGCUGGAGUUCGACGAUCCCAGGGCGGCGCCCGACGAUGAUGGUGCCAGCGGCGGCGGCGGCCUGCGGCUCAUGCAUUUGCUCCUCUCGUCGGUGGCCGCGGGGGAGGCCGGCGACGCGCAGGCGGCAGCCGCGGCCCUGCAGGAGGUCUACCGGCACGCGUCGUUCGGCGGCGGGGACCCCGCGCAGCGGGUCGCGGCCUACUUCGCGGACGCGUUGGCUUCGAGGCUAUUCCGGUCGCCGGUGGCAGCCUCGCCGCCGACGUCGCGCACCGAGCUGCUCCUGGCGUACACCAUGUUCUACCAGGCGUCCCCGUUCUACCAGUUCGCGCACUUCACGGCGAACCAGGUGAUCGUGGAGGCGUUCGAGGAUGGCGGCCGGCGGCGCCUCCAUGUCGUCGAUUUCGACGUGUCGUACGGCUUCCAGUGGCCUUCCCUGAUCCAGUCCCUGUCGGACGCCGCCGGCACGAGCACGAGCAGCUCCCACGAGAUCGGCGACUGUGACGAGCGGGUAUCCCUGCGGAUCACCGGCUUCGGCACGAGCGCCGACGAGCUGCGGCAAACCGAGGCGCGGCUGACGCGCUUUGCGAGCGGCUGCCCCAACCUACUGUUCGAGUUCGAGGGCGUCUUGAACGGACCAAACAGCGUCCGCCAUGACCGCAUCAAGACCGACGACGCGACGGUGGUCGUCAACCUGGUGUUCCCGGCCGCACAGAACUCUAGGACGAGCUCAAGAGAAGCGUGCAGCGCAUUGGCUCGCAUCGACUCCCUGAACCCGUCCUUGGUUUUCUUGGUAGAGAAAGACGAAGGCGGUUGCAGCGGCCUAACCGGAGGCAAUGCCACGUCGAGACGACGCUCAAGCUUGCUACCGCGGUUCACGGCCACCCUUCGGUACUUCGCCGCGGUGUUCGACUCGCUGCACGAGUGUCUCCCCGCCGACAGCACCGAGAGGCUCGCAAUCGAGAGGGAUCACCUCGGAAGGGAGAUCAGCAACGCGAUGGCUCCUUUAGAUCGUCACCGCGGCGAUGACCACAUGGCAGCUGAGUCUAGUGGCAGUGCUAGUUGGAAGGAGACGAUGGAGAGCGCGGGGUUUGAGGUGGUGAAGCUGAGCUCAAGAACGGUGAGCCAGGCGAAGCUGCUGCUCAAGAUGAAGAGCGGGUGCGGCGGCGGCGACGGAGGGUUCCGGGUCAUCGAGGGCGACGGCGGCAGGGCGAUGUCGCUGGGGUGGCGAGACAGUGCUCUGCUCACCGCGACGGGGUGGCAGCGCCGGCCACGCGGGUGAUCCAUCGAUCAACAAGACAUUCGAUUAGUUGUACAUACAGUGGGAAGGCUACGAUCGAUCUCAAUUCAUCCGAUAAAUUCAACUUCAUCUUCUUGGUUUGUUCAUUGGUUCUUUGUUGAGAGAGAUAGGGAGAGACUUCUGUUGUUAGUUGUUCUUGGUUUCCUUUACGUUUGAUAUAUAAAUUUGUAACUUGUAUAAUUACCGUAUGAGACUGAAAUCACAUGCAUGGAACCGAAAAAG